UCCCCUCCUAUACUCGGUGCCAUGCUCCUGCGAUUGGCGGCUGCCUCCGGUGCCCGGGCAGCUGAUUGGCGGCCAUUGCGGUGGUCGUGCAGGCGCAGACACCGCUCCCAUUAGUCGCCAGUGACAGCCCCCGGGGGCUUCUCUCCAUCCAGCAUGGCGCCCACCGUUCAGUGCGAGUCUCUGCAGCAGUGCUCGGGCCAGGAGGCCUCCCCAGGACCCUCCGUCACCCAGCGGCGCUGACCCUGCCAGGAUGGACAGGUCAUGUAGGAGCGCAGGAAUGUUUUAAAAAUGGGAGUUUUGGUUUUCGUGAGGAACCUGCUGCUGGCUCUCUGCCUCUUCCUGGUGUUGGGCUUUCUGUAUUAUUCCGCCUGGAAGCUCCAUCUUCUGCACUGGGAGGAUUCACAUUCAAUGCUUCACGCCUUUGACUCCGUUGGACACAGUUUAGGCCCAGGACGGAGAGAGAGGAAAGCUGGGAUCCCGACUCUUCACACUGUGACCCCAACGCACAAUGUACCGGACAGAACCGAGUCCAAAGAGUCCAAAGACCCGGGGGUUGUUCCAGAAUCAUCGCUAAUAAAAUAUGAUCGUCUUGGAUUUCUACUUAAAUUGGAUUCUAAGUUAUCAGCAGAACUUGCAACCAAGUAUGCAAACUUCUCCGAGGGCAUCUGCAAGCCAGGAUAUGCAUCUGCAAUGAUGGCUGCCAUCUUUCCAAAGUUCUCAAGACCAGCACCAAUGUUUCUUGACGAUUCCUUCAGAAAAUGGGGAAGGAUCAGGGAAUAUUUGCCUCCUUUUGGAAUUAAAGGGCAAGAAAAUCUAAUAAAAGCAAUCCUGUCCGCAACAAAAGAAUACCGCCUGACGCCAGCUCUUGACAGCCUAAACUGUCGGCGAUGCAUCAUUGUGGGGAACGGAGGGGUGCUUGCCAACAAAUCUCUGGGAUCUAAGAUCGACGAGUACGAGGUUGUGGUUCGGCUGAAUUCUGCACCAGUGAAAGGGUUUGAGAAGGACGUGGGGAGUAAAACCACACUGAGAAUCACAUAUCCUGAAGGAGCCAUUCAGAAACUUGAACAGUAUGAGAAGGAUUCCCUUUUUGUCCUCGCUGGAUUUAAGUGGCAAGAUUUCAAAUGGCUGAAAUACAUUGUUUACAAGGAGAAAGUGAGCGCUUCAGAUGGGUUCUGGAAGUCAGUUGCCACUCGAGUCCCACGAGAGCCAAACGAGAUUCGCAUCCUCAACCCAUACUUUAUCCAAGAAGCUGCAUUCAGUUUUAUCGGGCUGCCAUUCAACAACGGACUUAUGGGCAGAGGGAACAUCCCGACGCUCGGCAGUGUGGCAAUCACAAUGGCGCUACAUAACUGUGACGAGGUGGCGGUAGCAGGAUUUGGAUAUGACAUGAACCUUCCCAAUGCUCCUCUUCACUACUAUGAGACUAUCAAGAUGGCAGCCAUUAAAGAGUCUUGGACCCAUAAUAUUCAGAAAGAGAAAGACUUCUUAAGGAAGAUGGUGAAAGCGCGUGUAAUAAAUGACCUCACUAGUGGCAUCUGACCGGAGCAGAGAGCGUAUCCUGGACAAUAGCCAUUACCAGAGCUGAUCGCAGGAGCCCCAUUGGACAGACGGGCGUGCAUGCCAUCAGGGGGCUUGAUCUUCUAUAGGACAGCGACACAAGCUGCUGCCACAGGAAGAGGAGGCAGUGACCACGGCCGCCUCCACAACACUAUUCUCUCAGAACUGUUCUGUUUUUGUUUUUUAGUAGACAUAACUUUAUCACAAAAAGACAACACUGUUAACAUGCAAAAGAAUCCCUUGUGCCAAACGUACCUCCGGUUCAGGACGCAAGGUACGAAUGGAGAACCGCAUACAUUCUGAAUGUACAAAGUAUUAUUUUUAGAUAUCCAUCAAGCAUGGGACUGCACUGCACGGGCGGCAGAGAUAUGGGUGGAGGACCCCAAUCCAUACGCAGGCCAUGCACACACUGACAUAUCUCUAGCUGCCUCUUGCAGGCUCCUUCCCCUGUUAAGAGAAGAAAACAUGGCCGUCCAGAGUUGGGGCAUUGUUGAUGCUGCUACUAAGUAGAUGGACCAAUAUUCAGUCUAUCUAUGUCUGUCUUUGAGUGUGUUAUUAUUGGGGUACGGGUGGGUAACUUGUACAAUUUUAGGUCAUGGAUCAGUGUUAGAAUUUUGCCAUGGAUCAGUGUUUGAAUUCCUUGCACAUGAAGCAGCGGUCACCCUCUUCGCUCGGAUCAUUCUCAGCCCUAAUGUUCCACGGGCAGGAAGCAUGAUCUGAGCCCGGGCCCGGCUCCUGUACUAACAUACAUGUAAAUGUGACUCCCAAACACAUCAGCAAUACAUUUCAUAUCAUCAAAAGACUGGUCAGAGCCAACACUAGACGA